AUGCGCUUUAAUCCUGACCAUGAUCCAAAGGUUGAAAAAGAAACGAUCGAAAAAAUCAAACAGAUGAAGAUCAUUCCGAUCAAACAACAAUCACGCUUAGCAUCUAUCAACGAAUUCGAGAAAUAUGCGAUCACAUUUCCAUUAGACAAAUCAGUGAAGUAUUCCAAACACUUGAAACUCGUUCUUGAGGAUAUACCAACAUUGGAUGAGUAUCUCUUAACUUUUAUCGAAGAUAAACAUCCAAGACAGGUGGACUCGAUUAAACAACUCCUUCUGAAACUCGGUGUUACCGAAACACGUAAUAUUAAUGAAAUGUACCGUCUUCAUAUGCUACCCGUCAUGUCAGAUCCAAAGCGUUGGACUGCAAAGUCAGAUUCGGUAUUAGUUGCCUACGUUAUGUGUAUUUAUGAUUAUAUCUAUAAAGCAAAGGGAUAUAUGCUAUCUGAAAAUGAAUUGGAAACGUUGAGAAAAGUUUUGGUUGUAAAAACCCGUGACAAUAAAUUCGUUUCGUUAGGCUCACCUGAUAUUAUUGUCCAUCUAACAGCAAAAUAUGGAUGUAAAAAGUCUUUAGAGACGUUGAAAUUAUCAAAACAUCAGUUUGUAUUCAUCUCCGAUGAUUAUUACACACAAUAUCGUACAGAUCUGUUGAAUACCGAUAGCGAAAUAAACUAUUUUCUUUCAUUUCUCAACCAACUGGGCAUCUCUGACUCUUUUCAAGUCAAUUUCAAAGAUGAACCUUUUGCCAGUGUGGAUGGAUUACUAAAUACCAAAUGGGCAUAUUCCAUGGCACAAUUAUCGGAAUCUGUUCACGAGCCGUUUAUCAUCAAAGAUUGCGUGUGCGAAGAAUUCGAUAAACUCAUUUCGACUCUUGACGAAAAUGAAUCUAAUGACCUGGAUCUAUGUGGACAGUUGCUUCACUAUUUAGACAAACAUUAUCGAUAUAUUAUGACAUUUUUCACUGCUUCAGUCUAUCUAGCUCGAACAUAUAAAUACAAUCCAACGCCAAUUCAAGGUAUUGAAUCAUCAUUUUGUCUUUCAUUGAGACAACGUGCUUGGAUUCCUGUUCUUGGUGGUAAACUAUUCAAACCUAACGAUGUAUAUAUAAUAUCGCAGAAUAGUCAAACCUCUGCUUUUCGACGAUAUGUUCCACAUUUAGAUGAAUCGAAAGUAUCAUUAAUCAAUUUAGAUUUUCUGUCUAAUAUACUUGGUAUUCAGCAAUCUGUUUCGGCUAGAAUUAUAUUCGAAUUAUUGAUGAAAUGGUCAUGUGAUUUAAAUAAAGAAGCAUUGUGGAAUUUGGUAAAUGAAACACAAGCGUCUGAAUUCAUUCCUUGUACUCUUCCUAGUACAUUUAAACAGAGUUGUUUGGACUCUAUCGAUAACUUCUGUCAAAUCUACCAGUUUCUUGCAUCGGAUCAUGAAACUAGAAGUCUUGUUCAUCGUUUUCACCUUUGGCCACUCAUAUUCAUACCCGAAAAUCAAAAGGAAGGAAACUUUGUCUUUGUCCGACAAACAUUUUGGCAUGAUCCCUCGUUACUUCUCUCAUCACAUCCGACCUCCAACAAUCGAAUUUCGCUGGAAUCUUAUUAUGGAAAUAAUACAAUUUUACAAUCCUUCUUUCUUGAAGUUCUCGGUGUCGAGUGUCAACCAAUUAUUGAUGAUUAUAUUCCGUUGUUAUCAAAUAUUCACGAGAACGAUCAACUCUGGCAAGUUAUUCAAGUAAUUACGAAAUUAACUAUAGAGCAAGAGAAGCACAAAGAAGUUCGAGAGAAAUUACUUGAUCUUCCAUUCAUUCCCUGUAUGAAUGAAAAUCAAAAACUAAUGAAAUACACUGAUCAUCCAUUCUACCCGCAUGAUCGUGAUAUUGCUAAUCUGUUCGUUGAUGUUCUAUCGGUCAUCAAACUACCGAGUUAUGAUCUUUCAUCUGAUUUCAAAAAGCAUUUUUGCAUACUUUUCAACAUCGAAGAUCUUGCAAAUCAUAUUCAAACAAGAGUUACUGUUGAAAAUGAGCAACCUGCAAUAAACUUAUCCAGUUUUUACCGUCAAUCAAUCGAUCUUAUUCAAGAUUUUGUACUGUCGAAUCAUUUUAUAUCCGAUACCCAAUCGAAUCAUCUAUCAGCAAUCUUUGCACGCAUGCAAUUUUUGUGCGUUGAUCAUAUUCAAGUUUCGUAUUCGUACGGAAGUGACCUUGUCAAAGCACCUUCGAAUUUGCACAGCAUCGAUACGUAUAUUGAUCAGCAAGAAUGCAAAUUUUAUAUUUUGAAGAAAUAUGAAAAUUCAGAGAUGCGGUACAUCGAUGCAAUGGUCGAAUUUAUCGUGAAAGAUGACGGCGCUCGAUCAAAACUCUUAACAUGUAUUCGAAAACUCUUGCAGAUGUAUCAGAACGAUGCGGAUCAUGGCCUAGAUGUACCGCAUAAAAAUUUAAAGACAAAUCACGAACCAAAAUGGACCAUUCCAGAGAUUGCAAACAAAGAUGUUUCAGUUACAUUGAAAGAAGAGAAGAUACCAGUAGUCGAGAAACCAGUAAUAACAGAUGAACAGAUUGAACAGUUGAGUAGUGAACCUACUCGUCGACCGAAACCGCGAGCAAAAGAAACUACAAAUGAAGAAAACGCGAAUCAACUAACAAGUUUCCCUUUGAAAGCAGGCGCUGCAGAAUCGAAAGAUCCUUCUACACUGAAAACAACGUCAAAAUCUACCGCUGAAAACUCAACCAAAGAAAAACCUACAGUUACAUUAGAUUCGGGCGAUCGUCAAUCACGAACAUCGGACGAUCAUGAACACCAAAAUAAUGAAAAUCGAGCGAAGCAGACAAAACGAGACAAACAUCCCGAUAGUGAACAAAGUAAAUCUUGUUCAACCGAUGACAAUAACAAAGAAAACUCUCGUCAAUCUCAUGUUCCUAUUAAUUAUUCGGAUCCGAUUUCGUUCGCCGCUAAUUUUGAACGUAUUACCGUUUCUACCCUCCCUGAUCUUGAUCUAUUUAAUGCUUCAUCAGCAAAUGAUCCAUCCGUUAGUAUUCCCAACCGUCCUCACGGAACUGAAGCUGAUGUACUCACAGGUCGUCAAGGUGAAGAAUUCGUAUUCUAUUACCUGAAAUGGAAAUAUCCGAAGGAAACCAUCGAAUGGUUAAAUCAAACAACUGAAUCUGGGAAACCGUACGAUAUUCGGCUAAUUUUUUCAUCAGAAGAUGCCAGAAUGGAAUUCAUUGAAGUCAAAACAACUCGCACACUUGAACAAAAUACAUUUCCUGUAUCUUUUGCUGAAUUUGAAUAUCUCCUCCAACACCCGACUAAUUAUUUCAUUUAUCGAGUUUAUUAUGCAGAUAAUCGAGAUUUAUCCACGAUCACAGUAAUCAACCGAAUCAAAGAAAAUUUACAAAAGAAACAACUUCAGCUUAGUAUGACAAUGAAGCCUCGAACCUAG